UCACUGGGGCUGCCCCCCCUGAGGGUGCUGAGCCUGGACAUCGAGUGCGCCGGCAGGAAAGGGGUGUUCCCCGAGGCGCAGCAGGACCCGGUGAUCGCCAUCGCGGCCGUGGCGCUGCGGCAGGGCGCGCGGGAGCCGUUCCUCAGGGUGGUCUUCACCCUCCUGGAGUGCGCCCCGCUGCGAGGAGCCACCGUCAGGAGCUUCCCCUGCGAGAGGGAGCUGCUCCAGUCGUGGGCGGAGUUUGUUCGGAUCGUGGAUCCCGACGUGGUGACCGGGUACAACAUCCACAACUUCGACCUGCCCUACCUGAUCCAGAGAGCCCAGGUGCUGCAGGUGCCGUCGUUCCCGUACCUGGGCCGUGUUCGGGGGGUCCCGUCGCAGGUGAAGGAUUCGGCGUUCCAGUCCCGCCAGCUCGGCCGCAGGGAGGGGAAGGUGGUGAGCACACCUGGGAGAGUCACCCUGGACAUGCUGCAGGUGCUGCUGAGGGAGCACAAACUGCGCUCGUACUCCCUGAACGCCGUCAGCGCUCACUUCCUGCAUGAGCAGAAGGAGGACGUCCCCCACGGCAUCAUCACCGAGCUGCAGAACGGGGACGCGCAGACGCGGCGCCGCCUGGCCCUGUACUGCCUGAAGGACGCGCUGCUGCCGCUGCGGCUGCUCGAGCGCCUGAUGACGCUGGUGACGCUGGUGGAGAUGGCGCGGGUGACGGCCGUGCCCCUCAGUUACCUGCUCACACGGGGACAGCAGGUCAAGGUGGUGGCGCAGCUCCUGCGGCAGGCCAUGCAGGAGGAUUUUUUGCUGCCGGUGGUGAAGUCGGAGGGGGGAGAGGAUUUUGAGGGGGCCACGGUGAUCGAGCCCAUCAAGGGGUACUACGACGCUCCCAUCGCCACGCUGGAUUUCUCCUCGCUGUACCCGUCCAUCAUGAUCGCCCACAACCUCUGCUACAGCACCCUGCUGAGCCCCGGCACCGCCCAGCGCCUCGGGCUGGGCCCCGAGGAUUUCAUCCGGACGCCGACGGGGCAGCUCUUCGUGACGCCGAGGGUGCGGAGCGGGGUCCUGCCCCGCGUGCUGCAGGGGCUGCUGGCUGCGCGCAGCAGGGUGAAGGCGGCGCUGGCGCAGGAGCAGGACCCCGAGCGGCGGCAGGUGCUGGACGGGCGGCAGCUCGCGCUCAAGGUCAGCGCGAAUUCCGUCUACGGAUUCACCGGAGCGCAGGCGGGAAAACUGCCCUGCCUGGAGAUAUCGCAGAGCGUGACCGGCUUCGGGCGCCAGAUGAUCGAGAGGACGAAGCAGCUGGUGGAGAACAAAUACCCGGAUGUGCAGGUGUACCUGCCCUACCUCCUGAUCAGCAAGAAGCGCUACGCCGGGCUCUGCUUCGCCGGCAGCGCCGAGCCCCGGCUGGACUGCAAGGGGCUGGAGGCCGUCAGGAGGGACAACUGUCCCCUGGCUGCCAACCUGGUGACGGCCUGUCUGCGCAGGAUCCUGCUGCACAGGGACCCCGCGGGCGCCGUGGCUCACGCGCAGGAGGUGAUCUCAGACCUGCUCUGUAACCGCAUCGACAUCUCCCAGCUCGUCAUCACCAAGGAGCUGACGCGCGCCGCCAGCGCCUACAGCGCCCCGCAGGCUCACGUGGCCCUGGCCGAGAGGCUGCGGCGCAGGGACCCCGGCAGCGCCCCCUCGCUCGGGGACCGCGUCCCGUACGUCAUCGUCAGCGGCGCCCGCGGCCAGGCCGCCUACACCCGCUCAGAGGACCCGGUGUUCGCCCUGGAGCAGAACCUGCCCAUCGACACCCGCUACUACCUGGAGCAGCAGCUGAGCCGGCCCCUGCUGAGGAUCUUCGAGCCCAUCCUGGGCGAGGGCAGGGCCCAGGCGGUGCUGCUCCAGGGGGAACACACGCGCUGCAAAACCCUCCUGACCUCCAAAUCCGGGGGGCUCUCGGCCUUCACCUCCAAACGCAGCAGCUGCGUCGGCUGCCGGGCGCUCCUGCCCCACCACGGAGCUGUUUGUGAUUUCUGCCGCCGCAGGGAGUCCGAGCUCUACCAGAAGGAGGUGUCCCAGGUGUGGCACCUGGAGCGCAGCUUCUCCCGCCUCUGGAGCCAGUGCCAGCGCUGCCAGGGCUCUCUGCUCCAGGACGUUCUGUGCACCAGCCGGGACUGCCCCAUUUUCUACAUGCGCCGCAAAGUGCAGAAGGACCUGGAGGCGCAGCAGGAGCUCCUCAAACGCUUCGGGGUGCCCGACUGGUGACGAUCCCCACCCCAAAAAUCCCAAAAUCCCAAAAAAAAAAAUCCAGGAAUCCCCAAAAAAAAAAAAAAAACCCGGGCGUUUUUGGGAGUUCGGAUGAGUUUCUUAU